AUGGCCGCGGCGCCCCCAAACACCUACCUGGAGGACCCUAGCCCGAAGCUGCGUCUAGGAGGGCAGAGGCUAAGCGGGGGCCGAACCAGCCCCACAUCCCCACCACCCUCGGCCGGAAACUCGCGUGAUCGCGAUCCCAGGAGACGAGGCGCCCUCGGUGGCGGUAGUUUGGACGGGAUCUGGGUCCCCGACUACCGGACAGUAGGAGGGGGAGACGGUCCCGGGAGCUCAGGGCCCGCGCGUCCUCCCCGCCCCGGCGGUCCCCGCGCCCCUCCCGGCUCCGUUCCGCCAGCCCCGCCCCUCUCGCACCUGGUCUCCCCGGCCCGCGCCGCCGCCGCCGCUGCCACCUACGCGCGCCGCAGCCGGGGCUGGAGUUUUAAACCUCGUUUCCCGGGCGCCCGGCUCGGGCCCGCGCGCUCCCUAAUGGCCCCUGUGGCUGCCAAUCACGCGCUGCCCCCGCCUCCGCCCCCGCCCCCGUCCCCCCAGCGGGUGCUACAGCGCAGCUCUCCUCCUAGGCCAAAGGGAUCCGACGGUCAGUCAGUAGGUCUGUGGGCCCAGCCUGCGCCCAUCACCUCUAACCCCGCACCUCCGUCCAUCAUUACUAGCUCCCGCUCCCCGGAUCUCUGGUUUUCCGAGACCCCCAGAAGACACAGACAGACCCCUGAGAUGUUGAGAGGUGCUAGGAGAUGCCCCAUUCCCUUGCCUUCCCCAGAGCUUGACCCCUGGGCCAUUGUGGCGGUGGUGUGA